AUGUCUUCCUUAUCUUACUCACUAGUCACAGCCUCCUUGGCCGUAACAUCCAUUGCCACCGUUCUGAAUGGCAUCUGCUAUGCAACCUCGAAAGCCUCACCUGAUGUGGUCUCUAUUAUCCUAAGUGCAUUGACAUGUGUGGCUUUGAUCUUCCUCGGUCUGUUGCAUCACCAAAAUAUCCAAACCGGCCGCCGACAAUCAAUCUACUUCGUUGGCGGGUAUCUACUCAUUGCCGCUGCAGCAUCCGCCGGAGCAAUGGCAAUGAGUCCUCAAGAAUCGGUCUUUGUGGUUCGCUCGGUGGCCUGGGUACUGUCAGUGUUCACACAAGGCUUGUACUGCGGAUUCCUCGCCAUGACACUAGCCCAGGAGAAAUCCAAUCCUGAAUGGCCGCGUGCCUACUCCCGAGGGCUCAAGGAUAUCCCACACACCCCAAAUUAUCUCAUGUCACCCUCUCGAGUAUCCGACUUGUCCGAUCUAUUCGAGCCCAAAAGAGGUUCACUCCGCAAAUUCCCUCGACGGCCUAGCCGCUACUCAGAAACCACACUCUGUCCUUCGAGCAUAAAGGAAGAAAAGAGCAUCUCUAUCGACAUGAGCUCCUCGACUUAUAGCUCACCAAGCUCAUCCCCAACACGGGAUACAAUGCUAGACAGCUUUCCAGACCGGGACACUCGUCCCCUCCUCCGUAGCAUGACCGGCCGACGCCGCAACGCACCAACCGCACUUUCCUUGGAUAGUCUAGCACACUCAUCAAUACCUUCCCCAACAACGACAAUCUGUGUCGAAUCCCCAACGUGGGAAUACAACCCAAACCCAUUCAGCGAGGACAAUAUCCACCCUCUCUUCCGGACAACCAGUCCCUGCCCGUCCCCAACCUUCGUUCCGACAAUGGUCCGAGCCUCGUCGAGCGCGGGACAGACUACCACGGAAAUUACAACGCGCAUGCAAUCCGCCCGCUCCCUCCGCAACCAGGCCAUACGUACGUCCUCACCGUUGCCUAGGUCGGAGACGGAGGAGAAAUUCCGCCCUCGGGCGACGUCGACGCGAAGCAGCUUUGCGCAUUCUCCUUCCGAGAAGAUAUAUGACUUGAACGAAUCCCCUUAUGAAUAG